CCGAACCAAAUGUAGCAGAAUAGCCUGGACUUUGUUUACGUCCCGCUGGUUAGCUGACAGCUGUUGUAGCGCUUCGCCCACACAAACAGCCGUAUUUGCAUGUCUCUGCUGGCUGCUUGGAGCUUCGUGAACUUUUUGCCGAAGUAUUUCGAGAAUGGGAUGUUUUGUUGAGUGAGGGGGACCCGCUUGAUGCCGACAGGAGGAUGAACUCCAUCACCGGUCGGGUUCUUGCUCUCCCCGCCGCCUCUGUCACCAACUCUGGAGCUUCAUCCUCUCGAGCCUUACAUGUGGAGCUCACAUCCCAGCAGAGACGGUUGCGUCAUCUCCGGAGCAUCGCAGCCAGAAACAUUGUCAACAAGAAUGGUUCCCCGCUGCUGGACACUUACUUCACCCUCCACCUCUUUGUUGGAGACCGUAUUUCUAGAGAUUUUUACAAGAGUGAAAUCAUACGAGACUCACUGAAUCCAACAUGGCGGAGCCUGGACUUUGGCAUGCUCCCGGACCUUCUGGACACCUCAGUGUCCUGCUUUGUGGUGAGGAUCUAUGGAGGACAGGAUGAACAGUACCAGCUCCUCAUUGAGUGGAAGGUCAAUCUGGAUGGCCUCAGAUACACAGGACAGCAGAUUCGAUCCAGAAAUCCAAAUGAGAUCAUAUUUGGAUUGAAUGAUGGCUACUAUGCAGCUGACUUUGAUCAUAAGGAUCAGUCGGAGCGGAAGAAAAACAGUCUCCUUCAGGUCGACCAGAGUUCAGUCAGGAACUCCUACAGUGUUUUCUCAUUGCUCAGGCUUCACACAGCGCAGAGAGCCAUCAAACAGACCCAAGUGACAGUGCAGAAGAUUGGGAAGGAGAUUGAAGAAAAGCUGAGGACGACGGCGACCUGCACAGAGCGGAAGAAGGAGCGGGAGUGCAUGCAGCUGCGUAUAGCUGUGCUGCGCAGUGAACUGCAGAGGCAGAGGAAGGCGCUUGGCAGGGAGAUAGACCUGCGACAGAAGGAAAGGGCACAGCUGCAGAAGAAAGAGGAAGUGUUUUCUGCUCAGCACGAGAGUUUAAAGGAGGAGAAAGAAUCCUUAACCAAAUUGCAGAAGGAAUGUACGGCCAAAAGAGAACAGUUCCUUAAGUCCAACUUCCAGCUCACCGUCCGCUGUCGUCAGCUUCUCUCUGAGCUUUCCUACAUCUACCCCAUCGACGUGGCCAAUCAGUCAGAUUAUGUCAUCUGUGGAGUGAAGCUGCCAAACUCAGAGGACUUCCAAGCAAAGGAUGAUGGGAGCGUGGCAGUCGCCCUGGGUUACACGGCACACCUGGUCCUGAUGAUCUCGUGCUUCCUGCAGAUCCCUCUUAGGUAUCCAGUGAUCCACAAGGGCUCACGCUCCUCCAUCAAGGACACCAUCACUGACAGACUCACUGAGAAGGAGAGAGAAUUCCCUUUGUACCCCAGAGGAGAGAGGUUUCAUUUUGAGUACGGUGUCUACUUACUCAACAAGAACAUUGCCCAGCUGAGAUAUCAACAUGGCUUAACCACCCCAGACCUGCAGCAGACACUUCCAAACUUGAAGAACUUCUUGGAACAUGGCCUGAUGGUGCGAUGUGACCGCCACCAUGUCUCAAGCUCCAUCCCAGUACCCUCCAAGUCCGAGCUUGGUGUGUCUGCUGCCUCAGAGGCUGGCUACCCCUCUCACACCAGCUCCCCUGACCGAGGUCUGAGGAAGAGGGCGAGCUCAGAGGCUGAGGCGGAGCUGAAGUACAAGCCAACCCCUCCGCCCAGCUACAACACAGCCAUGGGUCAAGAGCAAACCCCGGCUGUCCUGGCACCGCCUUCACCUUCACCCAAACACCUGUCCUCCUCACUUGAUACCAGCAUGGCUUCACUUAACCGCACAGACGCCAGCAAGGAGGGAGAGCAGAAGGAAGAGAAAGAGGAGGGUGAGGAGACAGCAGUGGAGGUGGAGAGACAUGAAACCAUUGACAGAGAGACUGAAGGAGAUAAAGAAGAAGAGACUGUGGAACAGCCACCCAGCAGCACAGGGGCACCCGUCUCUUCUGCAGUGCAGGACGCUGGUGAGGAAACAGUGCCCACUAUCCAGCACAUGGGUGCCAUGAACGGCUCUUUGCUACAAGGACAGGCACCCAUUAGCCUGGUCCCAGAGCUUCGUUGCUCUGUGGAGCAAGCUGAGGAGAUCAUGGGCACAGAGGCCACGGGGCUAGGCCUGGGCUUGGGGAUAGGGUUAGGGCUAGUGGAUGAGGCCCAGCUGGAAGACUACCGCUGCAUCCCUGUGGACCACGCAGUAGCUGUUGACAGUGAUGAACAGGUGCUGGGCGAGCUAGAUGUGGCUGGCUUCGAGGAGUUCUCCAGGCGCAUCUAUGCACUAAAUGAGAACAUGUCCAGCUUCCGCAGGCCGCGCAAGAACUCUGAAAAGUGAGGCAGAGGACCUAAGGAAAGCAGGAGGCAUGAAGAAUCUUGCACAGGGGAUUUGAACAAAUAAAAGGCAGGGACAUGAACUGCGAGGACAAAGGUGUGGUCCUCAUUCCUUAAUCGCAGCGUCAGAAAUUAUAGGAGCUAUUCUGGAAUAACAACCAAUUUUCACUUAUUGCAAACAUUUCCAUAGUAAUCUUUUAGAUGACAGUUAAAAGUACAACUAUUGGGACAGUAGGCUUAACUUUUAUUUUUGAUGCCUGAUUUCAUAUAUUUUUAACAAAUACUAUACAAUAAUUCAGGCAUUUUCUAUUCACAAACAGAUUUGGCCUCAGUAAUAAUCACCCUCAAUGCAAUUUCUUUGCAUCAUAGAUGUAAAAUGGCGCACAACGUAUAUCACGCCCGCUUUGUUUUACAACUCUUACUGCAAUAACAGCCCUUGACCUCUGUCAUUUCUAAACAACAUCUAAGAUUUACAUCAACAACCAGAGCGCAGCAUGAGUACAUCAUGUGUCACUGCAGCAGAGUUUUUGGAUAUUUUAAAGCCUGCUGUCCCGGUAUGUCCACCUUUGACUGUACAAGCAAAUGUUAAGACACUUCCCAAGCCUUCAUUCAUUCAGGGUGCAUGACAAGUGGGAGUAUGCAGGAGGGAGUACUUGGGCAUGUGUGUGUGCGCUUCACAUCAACAUGGAACCACAAUCGCAGUUAGGGUGAUCCCGCCAAUGACCUUGAAACACGGCAGGACUUUGCGAUCAGAAAGCGAGGUGGGAGCUGGAACCAGUAGCCCAGUCAGAGACUCCCUAACUGUGACACGCUGCAGCUCCUCCACUCACCUUCAGGUCUGAAGACGAGGAUCACAAGAGUGGCAGGGUGCAGCUCACAGCACAUGGCAGGGAUACGGUGCAAUUGUUUUUCUCUUCAUCUCCAUGUCCUCUUAUUUUUUUCCUGCUUUUUUUUUUCAUGUACCCCAUGAAUAUUAACUUCAAUGUUAAUGUUAUGUCCACUGAUUCUUACUUUCAGUAGACCAAAAAUUGAAUUCGGUGUCUGUGUUCUGUUGGAAUGUCUCACUCAGGCUCUCCUCCAACUGUUGAUAGCAAGUGUCUCAGCCCAGCAUCUGUGAUUUAGUCCUGUGUCUCCCUGCUCUGAAUGCUUUCUUGCACUGGUAAUCAACUAUUGCAUUAUUUAUGUCUCCUAACAACUGUGUGUGCUUUGUUUCAAAGGAAAUCCAUGUUUAGUUUUAUUUCCCAAUUACAUAGGAUGUCGCUCAUUAAUAUUGUCAAAUGUUGGACUGACAUCGUAACCCCUGUCUGGGUUCCAACUUGGACAGCUGCUUUGCAUCACCCACCAUGACGACGACGGACCCUCCACUUUGUGUUUCAGAUCCAGUACUGUGGUUGCUGACUGUUAGGAAGUGUUGUAUUUAAAACUAAAAGAUGACCCAUGUUAAAUCCUUUCCAUAAACUGCUCUACAGUUCAGUAAGUGACCAUGUACAUAUACUUUUGUAUGGAGAUUUUUUUUGGUUAUUAAAGACUUGCAGUCCAAUGGCAUGGGUGUAUGUAACCCCUUUAAAA